AUGGCCUCCAACCCUCAAACACAGUCACUCAAAUGUGUCGUUACAGGAGACGGUGCAGUCGGCAAGGUUCGUGCUUCCCUUUUGCCUUUGUGCGACAAGCAACUAAACAAUGCAUUANNGACUUGUCUCUUGAUCUCGUACACGACUAAUGCCUUCCCUGGCGAGUACAUCCCUACUNNCUUUGACAACUACUCUGCGAGUGUCAUGGUUGAUGGCAAGCCCAUCAGUCUCGGUCUCUGGGAUACUGCUGGUCAGGAGGAUUACGACCGUCUUCGUCCUCUCUCGUACCCCCAGACAGACGUCUUCCUCAUUUGCUUCUCUAUCGUCAGCCCUCCUUCCUUCGACAACGUAAAGGCAAAGGUACGGAAUGCAAAAGCAAACACAAGGCUUGGAGCAGAACGGUGUCUGACAAGGCGAACANNGUGGCACCCCGAGAUUGAGCACCACGCACCUGGUGUUCCUAUCAUCCUGGUCGGAACCAAGCUCGAUCUUCGCGACGACGAGGGCACCAAGGAGAGUCUGAGACAGAAGAAGAUGGCUCCCAUCCAGUACGAGCAGGCCAUCAGCGUUGCCAAGGAGAUCAAGGCAGUCAAGUACAUGGAGUGCUCUGCCCUUACACAGCGCAACCUCAAGAGUGUCUUUGAUGAGGCCAUCAGAGCCGUGUUGAGCCCUCGCCCUACCUCGAAGCCCAAGAAGCAAAAAUGCAUCAUCCUCUGA